AUGAUCCCUACGCUUCUCAGUUUGCUCUGGAUCAUCAGCAGCAGCAUCAGCGAUACCGUCUCAGCUGAGCACUGGGCAGUCAUCGUAGCUGGAUCCAGUGGCUACAGCAACUACCGGCACCAGUCGGAUGCCUGUCACGCUUACCACGUCGUGCGACGGCACGGCAUCCCAGCCGAGAACGUUGUGCUCAUGAUGUACGACGACGUGGCCUGGCACGACAGCAAUCCGUAUCCUGGCCAGCUCUUCAAUCGACCCACGUCCAAGCCCGUGUCACACGUUGCUGAGGAGUCUGUGGUUGACGUGUACAAGGGCUGCCAUAUUGACUUUCGUGGUGAGGACGUGACGCCUGAAAUGUUCCUGAACGUCCUGACGGGUAACAGCUCUGGUGCCUUGAACAAGAAGGUUCUUGCUAGCCAAGCAGACGACCGGGUAUUUGUCAACUUUAUUGACCAUGGGUCACGUGGUAACGUCUACUUUCCCCAUAUGAAGCCGCUCUCAGCUUCGCGGUUGAAGCAGGCAAUGCAGACAAUGUACGAUACAAGCAUGUACAAAGAGCUCGUGGUGUACAUGGAAGCCUGUGAGUCCGGGUCCAUGUUCUCGGACAGGUUCUUGAAGAGUAUCAACGCGUUCGUGACGACGGCUGCAAACGGAUUUGAGUCCUCGUGGGCAACGUACUGCCCUCCUCUUGAUGAAGUGAAUGGCAAACCUAUUGGUUCAUGCCUUGGCGACAUGUACUCGGUCAAUUGGAUGGAGGACAGCGACCUCACAGAUCUGUCAGGAGAGUCGUUGACGACGCAGUUUCACAAAGUAAAGAGCGAGACAACGAAGAGCCACGUGAAAGCGUUUGGAUCGUCGAAACUUAGCCACGAGAUUGUUGGCAACUAUCAGUCCACGUACGAUAAGAGCGCAAAUGAGGCUGGUGCUAGCAGUGAGGACGCAGACAUGCUAUCGACUGCUGGAGUGACUGGUACGGUACCGGUCCAUGCGAGUGCAGUGGAUGCACGGGACGUAGAUCUGGUCAUGAGGUUCUACCGCUAUCUACGCGCUGCACCAGGAAACAACCGCCAAGAACUUGCAGCUGAGCUUACUGCAGCGAUCGAAUCUCGAGAAGCAGCUGACAGAGUGUUUGAGACGAUUCACGCUCUGUACGAGCAGCAGACGAAAGGGCGUUUGGUGCAAGUUGAAGUGACCGAGAAUGUUGAGUGCCAUGAGAAAGUCGCGCGCACUUUUGAGAUGCACUGUGCCUUUAUGGGCGGGCUCACUAGCUACAGUCUCAAGUAUGCUGGAGCGUUCAUCGAUCUAUGCGAGUCGGAGCUGACUGAAAGUGCAGCAAUGUCCGUGGUGCGUCAAGCUUGCUUGAUUCAGAAGGUGCAUGACCUUGACUCGACUAGUGGUGUGUUUGACACUAAUGUCUUGAUGCUGGCUUGA